GCCACGGCCUUCGACCUUGAGCCAGGCGAAAUUUCCGUUCGCCGAGCUGUUAUGGUCAGAUUCAGUGUCACCCAAGCAGAUCCAUCAUUUUCACCAUCAAAGGUCUAUUGUCGUGUGUCGUGUAUGAAAAAUUCACUUACCAACAGGAAGAUUCGCAACUUAGUUGUUUCUGAUGACAGAAGGUGCUUUCGUCCACUUACAGCAUGUUGUGUAAAGGUGGAACCAUUAAGCUCUCUUCCAGUCGAGUACGCCUCAGUACUUACCCGGCCAUGCUCUAUAGUGUGUGAAGUUACCUCUGUUGAUGAUAUAUAUCCAUCUAUAGAUGGAAGUAUUCGGAUGCACACAAAUGACUCCAUAGAUGUUGAGUGUCGCAUAGCGCUUCCUGCUCUACCCCUUGCGCUCGAGGAUUAUAAUUCUCCUGCUCCUAGCCUUGUGCGUGACAAUAUCACUAUGUACACCUCAAUCAUAGGAGGUCGAACAAUUUGGUGAACUAUAAAGUUGUAAAUGGAUGUCUGAAGAUUCCUCUCACUUGCAUUAGUCAAAAUGAACUCUUUCUCACUACCUUUCUUAUGACUGUGACUUCGUUGCCUGUUUUCUGUAAUUUCCAUAAUUGGUUUAAAUUUUGUAAAUAAACCCAAAAUACUU